AUGAGUCUUUUAAGUUGGAACUGCCGAGGGCUUGGGAACCCUCGGACAGUUCAAGAUUUACGACGUUUGGUCGUUGCAAAAGAUCCUAUGGUUGUAUUUCUUUGUGAAACUCGCUGUAAGCAGCGUAAUUUUAAUUCAAUAAAAGAACAAUUGGGUUUUGAUUAUUGCUUUGUUGUUGAUGCUAUAGGACUGUCUGGGGGCCUCUGUCUAUUUUGGAAAUCUGAGUUGAACUUAGCUAUUCGAUCCUCUUCCACCCACCAUAUCGAUGCUGAAGUAGGAGGUAUUGGAGACUCACUACAUUGGCGUCUCACUGGCUUCUAUGGCUAUCCAGCUACUGAAGACACACAUCUCUCUUGGAACUUACUUCGUGAUCUUGCUAGCGAAUCCCGUCUCCCUUGGGUUUGCAUGGGCGAUUUUAAUGAGCUUCUUUACGCCAAUGAGAAAGAAGGGGGUCUUAUACGCCCUGUCCGACAAAUGUUGGCUUUUCGAGAUGCUAUUUCGGAUUGCCAUCUUGAUGACAUGGGCUUUGAGGGGGCAACUUUUACUUGGUUUAGCACAAGAAAUGGCGGAAUAAAAGAAAGAUUGGAUAGGGCACACUCAUGUACCAAGUGUGUGAGAAGAUUAAAACCACCAGGAAUCCAACUUAUGCAAUGGCAACGAUCAAUGUUUGGUACAACCAAGGCUGAAAUCCAGCGGGUACGUAGCCAGUUAGAUGUGGUGUGGAGACAACCCAAUUCUGAGAACACAACAGCAACAUACCACCUCCUCAUGUCCCAACUUGAUUCUCUUCUCUCUAGGGAGGAAGCUUUCUGGAAGCAGCGAUCUAAAGUCUCUUGGCUAAAAGAAGGAGAUAGAAACACACGUUUCUUCCAUCAAAGAGCAAGCAAUCGAAAGCAACGAAAUUAUGUUAAAGGCUUGAGGGAUAAUACUGGAAGAUGGCGUGAGGAUGAACAGGGCCUGCAAUAUGUUGUGUUGGACUAUUUCACACAUCUCUUCACUUCAUCUGCCUCUGGAAGUGAGGGGGAGAGCAUUGAUGCUGUGGAAUCGAGAGUCACACCGGAUAUGAAUAAUCUAUUACUCACAGACUAUUGUGAUGCAGAGAUUCACGAAGCAGUUUUUCAGAUGUACCCGACCAAAGCGCCAGAGCAGUGGAUUCAGUUAAUGCUUACUUGUAUCUCAACUGUGAGCUACUCCUUUGUGAUUAAUGGGACUCCUCACGGCUUCCUUCACCCAUCUAGAGGUCUUCAUCAAGGAGACCCCCUGUCUCCUUAUCUUUUUCUUUUGUGUGCUGAAGGUCUCACGGAACUAAUUGCACAAAAGGAAAGGGAGGGUUUUCUUAAAGGUGUUUCCAUUUGCAGAGGAGCUCCUGCUAUCAGCCACCUCUUUUUCGCGGAUGACAGUGUUCUCUUUGCGCGGGCCAACAUGGCUGAUUGUAUGGUUCUCAAAGAUAUCCUUGAUACCUAUUAG